AUGAAGUCUAGGUCGUCGCGACUUGGACGUUACGCGGCCACCGCGUUGGCCGUGCUGCUGUUGGUCUGGGCCACCGAUUCCGCUUCCGCCGAUUCCGCCUCCGCAUCGGACGAUUCAGCCUCGGACGAUUCCCCCUCCACCUCCAGUACAUCUACAACCACCGAAUCCGCCGCCUCGAUCGCCGCCGCCGCACUGAGGGCGGACGUCGUGUACGAACUUGCCGACCUCGCGUUCAACCGGCUGGUGGCGCACAACUGCUACGAGGCAUACGAACCGGUAAAGUGUCACGAGCUUUCCGACAUGUCAGCCAAGGACGUGCGCCUGUACUUCGGCGGACUGCUGCCCCGCAACGAGACCGUUGUCGCCGUACUCCUGGACAGCGACGCUCAGCUCACCGGCAAGCCGCAUGACGCGUUCCUCGUGCUCGACCCGUUCCCAGCCUACAAGUUCGGCCACCCCGUGUUCAUGUUCUACGUGGAUAUGGGCUUGACAGUGUGGAAAUGUGAAGACACCGAGGGCAUAUUCACAGCAUUGACCGAUAACACCACAGCCUGCAUACAAAUGGUGCGCAGUCGCUGGUGCAACGAACGUCCAAUGACAUCUUCGUGGGACUGCCAAGUCAAGUUCCUGCCGAUGGUGGUGCCGACCCGAAGCGACCGUCUGCAGGCCGACAACUUGCUUGCGUGCGUGGAUAGCAAGGACACGUUCUUGAUGAACUGUCCACGGAUUAGAGACGACGGUGCAGAGCUAUCAGACGAAUGUAACCACCUGAAGACCAACAAUAGGGGCUGCACCAGAGGCAACUACAAGUGUUCCGCUCAAAAACCGGUUAACCAGGCUGUAAUGUUGUUCGGCGGCUGGAGCCGAAACAUGGCAGAUUUUGUAACAAUGAAUGACUUGAUGUCGUUGAAGGACCGACUGAUUUCCUGGGGAUUCGCCGAGAACAACAUUCGGACGUUUUUCGCCAACGGUAUAAACAUGAGCAUGGACGACGACGGCACCGUUAGCUCAACAACAGUUAACAACGUCGAACCUGCCGACAAGUUAAACAUACGCAGAUACAUCAAAGGAGUCUGUAGCGCUGCACGGUGCGCCGACACGUUCUUCCUGUACCUGUCCAGCCCGGCCAGGAGAGACGGAAACGCGAUACUCUGGGACGCCAACGGCAACGGAAUCGUAAGUCACUCGCCGUAA